CGGCUGCCUCUUGCUAUAUAUACAUGUCGCACCUGAUCUUCUCCAAGUCCAGGCACAUGAUCAUCCAUCAUUGAACAGCCAAGCGAUCUUUCCCAUGACACCAAUGGGCAAACAGCUCGCAGUGAUCUUGGCAUGCUUCCUCCUACUCGCCGUGGCCACGGCGACGACGCCGACAGACCUCAAACAAGAUGCCGUGUCCACAUACAUCGUCCAUGUCGCGCCGGCCGGUGCGACGCGCUCCAGCUCGCACCGUGCACCCGGCAACCUCGCCCGUGCCUACGCCUCCAUGGUCCGUGACCUCCUCCCCGCGCGCAUCAGCCGCCCCGCGCCGCGCCUCCUCUACUCCUACGCGCACGCCGCCACCGGCUUCGCGGCGCGCUUGACCGCACGCCAGGCCUCGCACCUCGAGGCCCAGCCUUCCAUCGCCGCCGUCGUCCGCGACACGCUCCAUGAGGUCCACACCACGCUGUCUUCCUCGUUCCUCCAUCUCACGCCAUCUUCCGGCCUACAAGAGGCGUCGAACGGCGCCGCGGACGCGGUGAUCGCGGUCCUAGACAUGGGUAUCUACCCGAAGGAUCGUGCGUCCUUCGCCGCCGACCCGUCGCUGCCGCCGCCUCCACCCAGCUUCCGCGGCGGCUGCAUCUCGACUCGUGAGUUCAACGCCACCAUCUACUGUAACAACAAGCUGGUGGGCGCGAAGAUAUUCUACGAAGGGUACGAGGCUGGGAUUGGCCACCCGAUUGAUGAGACAGAGGAGUCCAAGUCACCGCUCGACACCGACGGCCAUGGCACGCACACCGCCUCCACCGCCGCCGGCGCACCGGUGCCGAACGCCGACCUCUUCGGCUUUGCCAGUGGCACAGCCAAGGGCACGGCCCCAGGUGCACGCAUUGCCGUCUACAAAGUGUGCUGGAAACUUGGGUGCGCUGGCUCCGACAUCCUCGCCGGCAUGGAUGAGGCGAUCGCCGAUGGCGUCGACGUCAUCUCCCUAUCCCUCGGGUCACCCCAGAAGACCCUUGUUGCUGACCCCGUGGCCGUUGGUGGGUUCGGUGCCAUCCGUAAGGGCAUAAUUAUCUCUGCCUCCUCAAGUAACAGUGGCCCUAAAAAGUUUACUAUUGCCAACUCCGCGCCAUGGGUGAUCACGGUUGGCGCAUCGACCAUGAACCGUCAGUUCCCGGCCGUCGUCGUCCUCGGAGACGGACAAAGCUUCGUCGGCACCUCGCUCUACCCCGGCGACCCGAAUGGUACACUGACUUCACUAAUCUACGGUGGUGAUGCCGGCUCUGCCACCUGUGAAGUCGGGAAACUCGACCACCGAAAAGUGGCCGGCAAGAUUGUCUUCUGCGACGCCGGAGUGGUUUCCGAUGCAAAGAAAGGAGUCGCCGUCGAUCAAGCUGGUGGGCUCGGUGCUAUCAUUUCAAGUUCAAAAGCUCGCGGCGAGUUUGCCAAGAGCACCCCGUACCUCAUCCCCACCGCGGCUGUCCCUUACGUCGACGCCGUGGAGAUCUCACGUUACAUAUCCACGACACCGAACCCGGUGGCCAAGAUCUUGUUCUUCGGCACGGUCAUCGGCACGCCGCCGUCUGCCCCUAGGGUCGCGUCCUUCUCAGGCCGCGGUCCCAACACCCCUGCACCGGAGAUCCUCAAGCCCGACUUGGUCGCCCCCGGCGUCGACAUCCUCGCUGCGUGGUCCGGCGUGGUCUCGCCGUCAAAGACCGACGUCGACACAAGGCGCGUCGAGUUCAACAUCCUCUCCGGUACAUCCAUGUCGUGCCCACACGUGAGCGGCAUCGCUGCGCUUCUCAAGAUGGCGCGACCCAGCUGGAGCCCGGCGAUGAUCAAGUCGGCCAUGAUGACGACGGCCUACAACGAGGACAGCGCCGGCGAGACCAUCAAGGACAUGGCCACCGGCAAGGCGGCAGGGCCGUUCGAGCUCGGCGCCGGCCAUGUGGACCCGAACCGCGCCCUUGACCCGGGGCUCGUGUACGACGCCGGCGAGGAGGACUACCGGUCCUUCUUGUGCUCGCUCGGUUACUCCGAGAGAACAAUCGACGGCGUCUUCGUGAGGGACGGCUCGGUGACCGACUGCUCGACGCUGCCGAGCAGCGCCGUGGGGGACCUGAACCUCCCGUCCUUUUCGGUGGUGUUCAAGGCGUAUGGGGACAAGAAGGCCACGCUGCGCCGUGUCGCGCGCAACGUCGGGGCCGAGGUGGACGCCGUGUAUACCGUCGACGUGGUGGCCCCGCCGGGCACGCAGGUCACGGUUACGCCGUCGAAGCUGGUGUUCGACGCAGAGCACAAGACGCGGGAGUACACCAUCACCAUCUUGUCGGCGUCCACCGGCGACUUCGGCGAGUACACGCACGGGUCCAUCCUUUGGACCGACGGCGUGCACGAGGUGAGGAGCCCCAUUGCCGUCACCUGGCCGUCUUGGAGCGCCGCCAUGUCUGUCAUGUGAGCUGCCGCCGCUUCUCGAAUGAUCUAGCUACGAAUGAUGUCUGUCCAGUUUCAGCUCCUUUGGCGUAUGUGUCAGGGAGACGUGAUAAAUAGCUAAAUAAUCCUGUUGUGAUUAUUUAUGUAUUGUACAUGCAUAAAUAAAACUCUGCUGUUGUUUGUGUA